GCCCUGGCUGCAGCUGCACGGUGGGGAGUGCGGAGGAGUGUGCGGGUCGUCGGAGCUGCUCUCGGACAGGGUCGCUGCAGGAGCGGCAGCCAUGACUGAAUCCUCCUCAGGGGUGUCAUGUUUCCUCCAGAAGCUCCGCGGCUGCCGUCAUCGGGACUGCGUUCAGAUCUCAGACAGUAGGAGCUAACUUACACUGAUUCACGCCGUUCACCGGUGACAUUUUCUUCUUCGCGCUUGCUGAGGGGUCACAAGGCAGCCCGGGGAGCGCACACUGCCACCUGCUGUAGCGAGAAGUAGCCUGUUGUUGAUGCUCUGCCUGAACUUCUUUCACACUUCAUAGAUAUAGCUUAAGGCAGAGUUUUCUGUUUAUGCUGUAAUAGACAGCAUGUUAGCUUCCUGAUGUCGUGUUUGACCUUGAGUAUUUUCGCCCAGAGUUUAGUCUUGCAGGCAACGUUUCCUCCCAGGCUGUGUAUAAAACCACAGCCUGUUCUACCAACCAAGCUGUUUAAAGCGGUUUCAGUGGUUGAAUAUAUGGAUUUAACGAUGGUUAAGGCUUGUGUCUGUUAGGUAAAUCCACUUGAGUGACACUUUUUUUUACCUAACUUGCGAGGAUGAAGCUGCCUGGAGAAAGAAAAACAGGGAUAGUUAAGUUCUCUUCCGGUUUACGUCAUUUCCUUUGUCAGCAUUUUCUUUACAUCUUUAUUGAAAAUCAACAAACCGUAAAUCAAAACAAUUUAGCAGAUGGAUCAUUAAAUUUCCUCUGAUACGAACGAAAAAACAAAAUAAAAUAACAACACAAAAUGUUUUGUUUUCACCAUCGUCUCACCGGUUCUGCCCCCUGGUGGACUACUGAGUCAAUGCACCUUUAACUUCAGCGUCCGUUUAUUUAUGAUUAUCUUAGCAUUGUGUCCUUACGGCAUUUCCUUAGUUUAAUACUUUUUAUUUAAUUUCAGCUUCACUCUUUUUGUAAUGAAGCUCCAGCAGCGAUAUAAAAGCCAAAAGCUCCUCCAGGUGUUUGAUAAAUUUAUGACCAAUGCUUGAAUUAUAUAUGAUGAUUUAUAUAUAAAUCAAGAUGAUUUUAUAUUUUCUGUAUUAAUGUAUGAAGAUAUAAGUAGAGAGGGACAUACAGAUUUUUUUGAAAUUACCAUACUGUUGAAAACAGAUUGCUAAUUUGAGGUAAGAAGCAAAAUAAAUAAAUAGUAAGAAAAUAACAAACUUUACCAAAAGUUAAAGUAAAAAAAAAGAAGAAGAAGAAAGAAAUAGACAUAGAAAUGUGUAAAAGUAGGAAUACAGUUUCAGGAAGUCAAGUUUGAUUACAAUUAAUAGUUUUAAUAAAGAAGUUCAAUCGUUUUUAAAUAGUUUUGUAAAAUCUGUGUAAAUAAUAUCUAGCCAGCAAAACAUUGCUGUAUCAACCUUCUCGUCUUGCAUGAAACGUUCAAAACAAUUUAUUACUAUAGUGGAAAAUUGAGAUUUUGUAUUUCGAGCACAACAAUCUUACAAUCCAAGUGCUGAUUGUUAAAAGCAAACACACAAACAGACAAACAGACAAAAAACAAUAAUCUGCAGCUGUAUGAAUGUGUUCUGUAGGAUUAAACACCUUCUUUAAUCAAUAUCAGUUUACACCCGGUGUCUGGUGCUGUCCUCAACGCAGCCUGUGGGUGUGUGACCUGGAAACGGGUCAAACUGGUCGGACCACCCUCCGUAAUGUGGCUCCUAACAGGAUGUACGCUGGUGGAAACUGAGAGGUCUGCUUUUUGAUGAAUUGCCGUAUAGGACUCAAUAUCUGUUAAAUAAUUUAAAAGAUAGAAGAGCAGAGAGAGGGGGAGCGCAGGUAUGGCACAACAAGCCGCAACAUGACUGACCGUGACUUCCCUGAGUGAGGAAAGGUGUGCGUACGACCUGAGCGGUGAAAGGGGGCGAGCAGCAGACCAGGAGCAGAGUUAGAGGGCUUGUACAUUAGCAAUGGGCUCAUCUUUGUUCUCCAGCGUAAAGAGGAUCGUAUUUUUGGAUCGUUUGUGCGUCUUGGGUGCGCAAAAGUGUCCGCAGCGGGCGAUGCCGGUGGCGCUGUGGCGCACAGGACUGCUGCUCUGCUUCCUCACUUUCUGCUCCUGUUCGGACGAGGAGUGCGUCCUCGGCGUAGUCGGACGGCCGGUCUCGCUGCCCUGCUUCUACCCUAAACUAAUUGGCUUGGUGAAUUUUUCCAUUGAGUGGAGGAGAGACGAUGAAGUGGUGCUCAGGUCAGUGUGGAGGAACAGUGAGAAUGUGGAGAGGCUGAGCGCCAACAGCGCCGAGAUCCCGGUUGACGCCGCACAGACGGGAAACUUCUCUCUGGAGCUGCCCGCAGUCGAUCCGAAGGAGCACAAUAUGAGUUACAGUCUGGUCCUGGUUUCAGGAGGAGAGCCAAGUGCUGCGCUGUGCACGGCGUGCCUCAGGAUAGCAGCCCGUUUCAGCCCCCCGCAGCUGCAGAGGGAGGAGGCGGCGCAGGGCGAGGAGACGGCCUUCUUCUGUCACUCCAGCGGCGGGUUUCCUGAACCUGCAGUUCACUGGCUCAUCAACAACACGGAGAGGCCCCCCGAAGGCUCCGUGAGGACCCUGGCAGCAUCACUCCCAGACUCCCGUCUGUACAACAUCACAAGCCACCUGACGGUCAACAUUUCCAGGGACGCCAUCGUGUCGUGCACCAUAGAAAACCAGCCCAUGAACGAGACCCUGACGUCCACAAGCUAUGGAGCGAAGGGCAGACCGGUGGUGAGCAGGGCAUCGGAGGCCAUGUGGAUCUUCAGCACGGCUCUGUGCGCGGUGGUCGGGGUCAUGGUGGUGGUGGGGGUCGCCUACCAGGUUCACCUGGACCGGAUAAGCAAGAGGAAGAAGCGCGAGUACCAGCACCAGGGAAACAGAGGAUACAAAUGGAGAAACCGGUACAGGGAGGAGACGGAGGCGAUGAAGCCGGAGCCCAAAGAGACCGACGUGUGAAGACACCAGGAGACGAGUUCUCAACAGAGCACUGACCUGUAAAUAUGAAUGUCGUGGAGGGGCUUUAAACAGACACUGUAACAUAUCACCACUUCCUGUUCUGCUGUGUUUACCGGACCUCCUGCUCCUCGCAGCGAGGAGUCGCUUCAAGCUUUCAUAAAGACGCUCAGACUCAUUCACGGAGACGUUUUAUUUCAGCUUUUUCCAGAGCUGUCGACGUUUUUCCAUCAGGACAGAAAACGUGUCGACGAUUUGAGUAUUUCCUACAUUUCAAAAUCUAGUGAGACAAUCAGUGCAAUCUGUCAUGAGCCACAAAAGAGAAAGAGCUCAAAAAUAUAGAUAUUUUUUUAAAUGGAGCAUUUGGUCAAGAAAAAUUCCAGUAAUCUGAAACUGAUUGAGAUCAGAUAAACUUAAUGAAAGGGUUUAAACUGUCACAUUAGAGAAGCUCUAACCAGAAAAUGUUUACUUUUACAUGAAAAAUGAUGUACUGCAAACAAUUAACUGCUUACCACAAUUUCCCUCUGAUCAACUUUUGAUUAACUGCUCACUUGAGGAGCAGAAAUGACACAGAACAAACCACAGCUCCAUCCUGAGGAAGCCACCCGCGCCAAACACGCUGCCGUCGGCGAAUUAACGACCAUCCAAACCGCAUCUCCACAAUUAAGACAAUCACGUCUCGUGCUUCUCGGGAGGGAAGACGACUCUGAUGCGGCAGAGAUGUUGGCGUCUGUUCCUUCGCUCCUUCUCUCGCUCAGCUCGAUCCCUCCUGCACAGACGCCACCGUGUAGAGGUCGCCCCGACGCUGGGCCGUGAUCGGGAUCUGCUGCCGGAUGUCGGCUAAGUACUGCAGGUCUGGGAACAGAUCACAGAGGAUGGAUGCAGAGAGGCACACAGACACACCUGUACAAAGACUCUCUGUGGAAUCAGAUUCAGUCUGAAACGCCUGGAUUCCGCAGAAACAAGCACUCACCGAUGUCGGCGUAAAUAACGGCCUCCUCUGGUCCGGCCUUUGAGAUGACGUCUCCCCUGCAAACACAGACUGCAGCGAUCACAAAUCUGCAACAACACACUCAGACUGACACCAGAAGACACAGCUGGUCCUUACUGGAUAACAAAAGCUUUCGAUAUGACCCCGACACCCGUCAUCAGUACAUUUACUUUACUUGAGUACUUACUUAGUACCAUUUUAUGCUACUUGUACUUCUACUCCACUACUUUUACUUGACAUCUUUUCUGUGUAAAGCACUCACUUGGUGCAUGUGAUUUCUUUCUUGUAAACCACUUUGAGAUGCAAUUCCUGUAUGAAAUGUGUUGGACAAAUAAAGUUUAUUACUGUAUAAUGA